GUGCAAGGCGUCGCAAAACAAGUUAGCCUAGCGAUGGCGCUGUUAGCAGCGCAAGUACCAGUUCUGGUAGCGAGCGUUGGGGCGCGUUUGUCCUGACCACUCGACGCAACAGGCCAGCGUAUCGCACGCUUUGGGCUUUGGUUUCGCUGGCCAGAAGCGCUGCUUUCGCCUUUGCCAGCUCAAUGGAGCGUUACGCGCGUGUCGUAAGCGAUGCGAACGGGAUUCCAUUUGCUCGGUGCCGCGGGCUUGAGUGCAAUGACCCGGGCAGGGGAUCGUCACAGCCGGUCAACUUCGCCAGCCCCGCGACACCUUCCAAUACACUUUGCCUUGCGAGGCACAUAGCGUUGCCGCUGUAGCAAAAUUUCUACCUUGAAUAGUCCGGAACACCGCAAAACACAGCUGAAAAGCCCAAACAGGGUCAAGCUCAAUAAUGGCGCUCAGGCACGCCCAAAAGCUGCACUCAGCAGCAGGGCGCUGCUCAUUUCAUGCCAAAUGCCCGCGUGUGCGAUACAGCUUAUCGCGUGUGAGUGCAUCGUCUACUCUGGCAGUGCCAGCAAACAGCGACCAUGGCGUUGUGCACAGCCAAAGCCACCAGCCAGCUCUGCUGGCCCAGGCCCUGGCGACGUCAGCGGGCAUCGAGGAUAUUCUUACCUCCAAAUCAUGGACGGAAGUCAGGUCUCUGUGGACGCACCACAAAGACCACUUGCGGACCGAGGACCUGGCUGCGACCUGGGUCCGUCUUGCCAAAGUUAGCAAGGAGCCGACGGUCCGGGCAUCGCCAGAGCUGCAGAAGUUCGUGGAUAUCCUCGCGUGCGCAACCAUCGACCGGAUACAGCAAUUUUCCAUCUCCUCGUUGUGCUCGAUCAUGUGGGCCUCUUCGAAGCUGAAGAAGGGCCUGGGCCACUCGGGAAUGUUCAAAUCCUUCCUCAAGGCCUGGGCGGCGGAGAUGGAGGUGCACCUGGACCACUUAGAUCUGGAGCAGUCGCGCAAGGUGAUGGCCGCCAUAACGCGCGUCAACUAUCAGCCCUCGGCGCCCUGGAAGAUGAAGAUGGAGGCCACGCUUACAGCCAACCUGGCCACCUGCGCCUGCCCCAAGACGCUCGCCUGCUGCCUCGUCAGCGCCGCAAGCCUGGGCUUCUCGCUGCACCCCGCGCCCGCGUUCCGCGAGGCGGUGGGCGCCGCCUGCGGCGCCGCCUUCGCGGGGGCGGCGGGCGCGCCGCCGCCUGCCGCGGCGCGGCGCAUCCACGGGCCCGUCGACGUGGCGCGCUGCGCCUGCAGCACGCUGUGGGCGGCGGCGGUGCUGGGCGUGCCGCUGCCGGGGUCCACGGUGCAGCGCAUGCUGACGCACGUGACCUUUGUGGGCGUGGGCGGCCUGGCGAGCGGGGUGCUGGCCAGCGCGUCGUCGCCCUUCCCCAGCCUGGAGAGCGUGGAGAGCACGCUGGAGGGCGCCUGCUUCGCCAGCGAGGGCGGGCCGGGGCUAGCGGCGCUGGACUUUGCGCAGGUGUACUGGGCGCUGAGCAAGGUGGCAUACAAGCCCAGUGAGGGCGAGAUGGGCGCACUGCUAGACGCCACCGCCGCGGCGCUGCCCACGGCCCCGCCGGUGCUGCUGGCCACCAUCCUGUGGGCGCUUGCGGACCUCGAGGUGGUGCCGUCCGAGACAUGGCUGCAGCGCGCCUACUCGUCCUUUGAGCGGCAGCUGGACGCCGCCAGCGCGGAGCCGCUGCAGGCGCUGCUGCACGCCGCCGCCACGCUGCAGCUGCCGCCGCCGCAGUGGAGCUCCAAGCUCAUGGACCGCUUGCAGGACGUGGACCUGCGUGUGCUGCCCGACGGCAACAUCGUGGACCUGGUCAUGAGCAUGCACGCGCUGCGCAUGCACCCGCCGCAGCAGCUGGCCGUCACGCUGCAGCAGGAGUGCGUCAAGCGCCUCAGCCAGCGCGGUGCCUCGCCCGAGGCCGCCGAGGCCGGCUGCCGCAUCGACGGCGCCGACGAGGCGCAGCAGCCGCAGCAGAAGGCGGCGGGCGGCGCGAGUGCUUGAAGCGGCUCGCCGCCCGUACCGUCGUUUCGGCUCGGAGCGCGUGCAUUGGCGGUGGCAGCUGGAGGCUUGGCUGGGCGAAGGGAGCUUGCUGCUGUUGGUGCUGAGGAGGCAGAAAGCUCUUGCACGGCUGUGCAGGCGUGUGGUGACCCUGUGGUGGCGUUUGUUUGUUGGUGAUAUGCAUGAAAAUGCUGUUUCGAUUGUGUCGGUACGUGAAAUGCAUUGGUGGUUUAGAAUGGUGCCCGCGAUCGCCCCCUUGUGCCUGACCGUUUGCGCACACGUGGAGGCCGGCACGCAACCCGCCUGAGGGAUGGGCUGCUAUGUGCCGUGCCCGCCCGUGUCUUGAUUCGGCGUGUCCCUCGUUUCUACAUUUGUCGCGAGGGUGGCCCCGUGCAAGGUUGUGCCGAGAGCGGGAGACGUGCCGUUGUUGCGGGGUGGCAACUCCGUCGUUCAUACCCGGGCGCGCGCCACGGGUUGCGUGCACGGAGAGAAGAUUAACAAAUUGCAUUUGGGAAUAUCAAGAGAGCUGUAGAGCAUGAGGUUCAGACACGGUAUAGAGGCCAUGAGAGGCGAGAUGCAGACGAGCAGUAGCGAGGGAGAGGAGCUAGCGAGAGAGGAAGUAGCAGGUUUAGCUCGAAGAUGCAGGCCGUAGACUGUUUCAAUUGAAUGCAGGGAAGGUAGACCAUGCCCUGUGAUGUAGGUUUCCCGAUGAACUGGUGGUGAUGCCGCCGCGUCCCACCUUCGCGCGAUGUGGGAUGCAGUUGCGGAGGUGGUGAGGUUUGGGCGGCAGGGAUUGGUCUCUGUCGCUAUGGGGAUAGUGGUGGGGGACGAUUGUUGAGUGGGAUUGUCUUCGUCUGUGUGCCGUUGUGCGUUCCCCGUGAAGGUGGUUCGCCGCCAAUCAUAAAGAACUCAGGGGUGCCACUCUUGCACCCGGCGAGCCUCUCGCAGUUUGAGAGAGGCACCUCUGAAGUCAACGGCCGACCCGCCCGAGGUUGCGACGCGGCUUUGCCCGGCGUGUACCUGCGGUGUGGCGCCGGAUUCAUUGGUGUGUGUGGCACUGGUGCCCGCGGCAAGAUAAAGCGCCUGUCUUUGGCGCGCUGAGUUUUGGGAUACGCGGGACGAGCGGCGGACAAGUGUUGAUCCGCCGGUGCGGUUGCCAAUGGUUGGGAUACAAGGAAAUAUAGGCUUGAUCGGUGAUUUACUAGAAUUGACGGCGACGGCGUUAGCGGGAGCCUCUGUGGUGUCUGCCCUGCACUGGCGGCCCCACGGCGGCCCGCGUUGCCAGAAGGCCGGAGGCCAGUAGAAAGGUCGCGAUUUGCGGCACGAGGCAGUAACCUAAUAUGACCGUUCAUUGUGGAUGUUAGGCUGACUGUUGCUGAUGACUGGAGUUGACCAAAAUCAGGAUGCGGGUCCUGCGGGGCCCGCACGAGGAAGUGUACCGUAACGCUUAGCGCUGUAACAUACUUUCACC